AGCGAAAAGAAGCUACGCCUCAGCGCCGUUGGCUACACUGAUUUGGUAGAUUUUUUUCACGCAUUGAAGUUGCAAGUAUGCAAGUGGAUGUAAAAUUUUAGAAAUCCCACUUAGACAUUUGAUGUUGAGAUUAUAUGAAUGUUACAAGAACAAGGUUGCUGCAGUUUUUGAUAGAGCCAACACUCUCCUAAAAUUUUUCCCUCAUCAUAUAUCACCAGGAAGUGAACAUAUUUCAGUAUCUCUGGAAGUUUUCGUCCAGGAGGGCGCUAGUUAUUUAUAUGACUUUAGUAAGACACAAAGAGACAUUCUUAACAAGAAGCUUAAUUGGGAAUUUAGGGCCGGAACCAGCGAGGUGCAUGAAUUUGCAGCGACGCCAGCCCACCUGUUAUAGGACUACAAAAUUUUCUUCUAAUAGACAUCGGAAACUCCAACCAUUCAGAGAAACGUGACUGGCUACUGAAACAUCAUUCCAAUUAAAGAACAUACAACCAUUAAGAUCAACACUGGAUGCCAUUCAACUCAAAACAACUCUAAUUAUUUUAUUCGUAAAGUUCAUCGGCAGCAAUCAUCAUGAGUGUUAACGUAAAUAGAAACGUUAGUGAUGUCUUCUACCGCUACAAGAUGCCACGGAUCAUGGCCAAGGUGGAAGGUAAGGGAAACGGUAUCAAGACUGUCAUCGUCAACAUGGUAGAGGUCGCUAAGUCCCUUGGCAGGCCACCUACCUACCCUACCAAAUACUUUGGCUGCGAGCUAGGGGCUCAGACCCAAUUCGAUUUCAAAAAUGAGCGGUUCAUCGUUAAUGGUUCACACGACGCUUCCAAGCUGCAGGAUCUUCUCGACGGGUUCAUUCGCAAGUUUGUGCUUUGUCCGGAAUGUGAUAAUCCAGAAACUGAUUUGAUAGUAUCUCUGAAGAGAAACACCAUUUCUCAAGGUUGUAAAGCUUGUGGAUACCACGGUGUGCUGGAAUCCAACCACAAGUUGAUGACUUUCAUUCUGAAAAAUCCGCCUAAUUUCAAUCCUGCGAGUCAGGGAUCUUCUUUGACUGAGGGAAAAAGAUCUAAGCGGAGCAAGCGUAAUGGAGAAUCGAAUGGAGACCAAGAGGAACAAGAUUCUGCUCUUGAUUCGUCAGUUUCUGAAAAGCCUGAUGUUGGAAGUGAUGAUGAUCAAACAGAAUGGGCAGUGGAUGUGUCUGAAGAAGCGGUAAGAGCGAGAAUGCUGGAUUUGACUGAUGGAGCUAAAAAUAUGACUAUCAGCGAUGACCUUGAGAAAUCCGAGAAAGAACGUAUGGACAUUCUCUACAACAUGGUCAAGUCGAAGAGAGACAGCGGAAUUUUGGAUAACACCAACACCCAGAAGGAAAUUUUGAACGAAGCAGAGCGUCUCGAGAUUAAGCAAAAGGCCCCGCUCAUUUUGGCCGAGUUAUUGUUUGAUCACAACAUCCUUGUGCAAGCAAAGAAAUAUCGUUUGCUGUUCCUUCGUUUCACUUUGAAUGAGAAAAAAGCUCAACGAUAUCUGAUGGGCGGUCUGGAGCAAGUUAUUGCUUUACAUCGCGAUAAACUUAUGAGCAAGGUCCCUGUUGUUCUCAAGGUGUUCUACGAUAUGGAUAUACUUGGAGAGGAAUGCAUCAUCGAGUGGUCUGAUAAAGUAUCCAAAAAAUAUGUUGCGAAAGAGGUCAGUCAAGAAAUUCAUGACAAGGCGUCUCCUUUCGUGAAAUGGUUGAAAGAAGCGGAAUCCGAAGAAUCGGAUGACGCAGAAAAUAGCGAUGAAGACGACGACGACGUUGAGAUAGUGUACAACGAUCGCGCCCAAGUACAUUUGAAAGCAACUCCUCAGCCAAAGCCGAAGGAGACAGAAAUAGAAGAUGAUGGACCGGAUGAUGUUGACAUCGAUGCCAUUUAGUUUAUUUGAUGAUGUUAGUUAUAUUACGAGAGUGUUCUAUCUAUCCAGUCUUUGAUUCACUUGGUAAAGUUCUAACACUCAUUCUUCAAUUACUUGUUAUUAUUGUUUUCAAUUUUCCAAUGUAAUUUUAUUUACUCUCCACAAAUUAUGCAAUAUGCGGUGAAAUAUAAACAUUUUCCUACUUUAUAAUGUUUUUAUAUUGUUAGUAUUGAAAAUUUUAUAGAAGAUACUAUGUAUACUUUUAUGGCUGUCAAGAGCGUAUUCACGGAUAUCCAAGUUUAUCCUUUCAAUGUCAGUAAAAAUAUGAACAUAAA